UGAAAAAAUCCAUUUACAGUUAACAACUUCACCUAACAAUCUCUAAAAAAAUAAACGACAAGACGUUGUCGUUUUAAUCUUCUCCGGUCACUGUUACAGUGGUGAACGGUUACGCGCAAUUGCCAACUGGGUUGUUGAAUAAACCCAUUAAACAAAGUCUCAGUUUGAAAAGCUGAAUUUUUCAACUGUUUGGUGGAACCAAAAAUCUUUGAGAUUUUUAUAGCCGAUACCAACUAAUUUGGAAUUGAGGUUUAGUUUGUUUGUAGGAGCAGAAAAGGUUGAAGCGUUGGAGGGUUUAAGCAAUUGGGGUUGGCGAAAAAAGGAUGAAUCCGAAUUGGGAACUCAGGGAUUGUUGUAACCGUGAUCAAAAGAUCUUUCUUGUUACCAUUGGUGUCUUCACCGUCGUCAUUCUUGUCUUAUGGAGGACAUUUCUCCUGACACCUUUCAAGCUCAUUACUGUAUUUCUUCAUGAAGCAAGCCAUGCAAUCGCUUGUAAGCUCACAUGUGGUCAGGUGGAAGGAAUGCAAGUUCAUGCCAAUGAAGGGGGAGUGACACAAACACGUGGCGGUGUUUAUUGGUUGAUCUUGCCUGCUGGAUAUCUUGGUUCGUCUUUUUGGGGGAUGGCUCUCAUACUUGCAUCGACAAAUCUUCUCACUGCAAAGAUUGCCGCUGGUUGUUUCAUCGCUGCUCUUUUUGUUGUGCUCUUCAUUGCCAAAAAUUGGACACUGCGAGGACUUUGCAUCGGAUUUAUCAUUUUCAUUGCUGUAAUAUGGGUUCUUCAAGAACUAACAAAAGUUCGCAUUCUUCGAUAUGUAAUUCUCUUCAUAGGUGUUAUGAACAGCUUGUUUUCAGUUUAUGAUAUAUAUGAUGACUUAAUAUCUAGAAGAGUGCACUCAAGUGAUGCUGAGAAGUUUGCUGAACUCUGUCCCUGUCCUUGUAAUGGUGUUGGUUGGGGAGUUAUCUGGGGAAUGAUAUCUUUUAUAUUUCUUUGUGGAGCGAUGUACCUUGGACUUGUCAUUCUCUCAUGAGGUUCAUUCAGAUGAGUUUGAGGGCCUUAAAAUCCUGAAGAUAGUUGCAGUUAUUAAUCACACAUUCUUUUCCAUUCCUUCAAUGCUGUUGUAUAGCUUUUAGACAUCAACCAUUAGAUUCAGACAUUUAUUUUUGCCAUCACUAAACCAGUGGCCUCAUUCUUUCACACCCUUUCUUGGAUGUGGUUAACAUAGUCAUGAGUUGAGGUAAUUGAAAAUUGAUUAUUUAGCAUUGUAAUCAAGUUUAGCAUUUGUUGCACGUUUUUAAUGCUUGAAUAUGAUACACAGUUAGUGUUUGGAGAUA